UCUAUGACCUUCAGUUAGUUAUGUAUGCUGGCUUUUAGUGGCUUGAUCAUUCACCAUUCUUAUUUCAAAUUUUAAAGAAAGAUGCUUACAACUUCAGACUCAUACUCUUAACUAAGCUCUUUUGAUAUGAGCCAGUUAAUGUUUUCCUCAUGCCUAAUUAAAACUGGCUGUGGACUAGAUGGGCAUUUUAGUGUUUUCUAUGCAGGUCACCAUUUGUGAAGUGCAUUGAAAGGUAACAGAAGGACAUGCUGUCAUUGAGUUGUAUAGAUUCCUGCCCCAAGGACUCUAUGGGGAUGGAAGAAGAAGUAGCCAUUCCUGCUAUGAAGGUGAAGGACCUAAUCAAAAGCAGCAGUUUCAACAACAGCAGUUCUGACAACCUGGAUGACAGCCUUACCAGUCUGCAGUGGUUGCAAGAGUUCUCUAUCCUUAGUGCCAGUGGAAGGCAACAAGAUAUUUCUACUAGCCAACACCAGAGCAACCUCUUUGAGCAGCAGUUGGGUGGAGAAGCCCCUGCAUCUCCUUUAGCAGGUGACCUUGCCACUAUAGGCAUGCCACUGACCCCUGGUAAGCCUACAUCAACAGCAGUUCCUGCCCUGUGCACUCUGCCCAGCUUGGUUGCACAUGGGCACUGCCCAGAUGAGGUUGACUACAAGACAAAUCCCCAUGUCAAGCCACCAUACUCAUAUGCAACCCUCAUUUGCAUGGCUAUGCAAGCUAGCAAGAAAAGUAAAAUCACACUCUCUUGUAUCUAUAAAUGGAUCACUGACAACUUCUGCUACUUCCGCCAUGCUGACCCUACCUGGCAGAAUUCCAUCCGGCACAAUCUCUCACUGAAUAAAUGCUUCGUAAAAGUUCCAAGGCAGAAGGAUGAGCCAGGAAAAGGUGGUUUCUGGAAAAUUGAUCCGGAUUAUGCUGAACGUCUCCUGACUGGAGCUUAUAAGAAGCGAAAGAUGCCUCCAGUACAGAUUAAUCCAGCUCUUAAAAAUCAACUCCGAAUGAUUUCACAGCCGGUCAUGACCGUGCCAACAAAUGUCACAAGUGUUCUACAUGUUAGUCCUGAGUCACAGCAGCUCUUACAAGAAUUUGAGGAAGUCACUGGACUUAACCUGAACUGGGAUCCUCGCCUAGCAGAAACCACUUCAUUUGAUUGCUCCAGUGCAGUAAAAGGCCGCAAAAGAAAACAGCCAUAUGGCCAACGGGCUGGAGGUGCCAAAGCUUUUUGCCGCUCUAGCUCCCCACUGCUGGCCACAGAGGAACCAAAAGUUCUGGGAUCUCUAAAGGGUAAUUUUGACUGGGAUGCUUUGCUAAAUUCGGCCCUGAACGGAGAUUUGAACCUGAAUGAGGGUGGUCCUCUGAGCCCAGUGCCACAAGAUGGGGACCUAAUCGUACAUAGCUUUCAUGUUAACUCCCUGGAGGCCUCUGUCAGUAUUGCAGAGAGUAGCAUGCUAUUAGAAACACAAAAGGACAGUAAUGUUGACUUUGAUGAGGAGACAUUUUUAGCAACAGAAUUUUUACAGAGUCCUUGGACAGAGGAAGAAGAGAAGAAUCAUCCUGAUUUUCUUUGUACUUCUACUGUUAACAUCAAUCAGCUCUUUGAUCUGGGUGACUCACUUAGUGACGACAUUGACAGUAGAAUCGAAUCUCUUCUCUAAAGAAUUCAACAGUAUCUCUUGAGACAAAUACAAUAAUAUGUAACCAAUACCAUUAAAAUAUUAUAUGGAGUGGUGAAGUUUAGGGCUGUUAUAUUCCAAAGAGUACAAACACUGGUUCUACAGCAUUUCCUUUUUUAAUUUUUUUUGUUUUUGGAAAGUGAUUUACCUAAAAGCCACUGAUCAAAAACUGCCACAACAGUUCUAUUAAAAUCAAAUUCUUCAUGACUGGACUGUGAAACCACACCUGACAAACAAUGAAAUUACAGAAAGAAAUUAGUUAAAAUGAAAUCCUCAUUUUUUUGCCCAUUGUUUACAUUCUAGAUGUUUAUUUUAACUAAUUGCAGUUAAAAUCAAGUAUGAAAUACGUAUUUGUAGCAUCUACAAAAUACAAUAAGAAAAUGUAAAUGUAACCAUUUAUUCCAAUCGAGGUACCUGCUUACAAGGAACAAAAUAUGCAAAUA